AUGGAGCAGUACAGCCUCGGAGACGAAGGUGCCCUUCCAUCCGAAAUGUCCCUGCCGUCAUUUUCUGAAAGCCAGGGACUCAACUGCAGCGAUACCCUCAAUCGGGAUCUGGGUCCUGACACGAGGGACCUGCUCUACACUGGCCUGGGUGGCCUGGACCUGGACCCCAGCCUCCCAGCGCCCGAUGCUCCCAACGAGGCACUGGAGGACAACUUGGAUGCCCUGUCACUGUACUCAGGGAAGGACAGCGACUCUGGGAAGCUGCUAGAGGAGUCUGUGGACCCUGAGGCUCAGGUGGCCCUGCAAGACCUGGGUCUGGGAACGCUCAAGGGGCCGAAGGAGCCUGACAGGGGAGCCCGGGCCACCUCCACGAGCUCACGGAAAGGCAAGCGGCAGCACAGCUCGCCCCAGACCCCGCUGCUGGACUGCAGCCUGUGUGGGAAGGUGUUCAGCAGCGCCAGCUCCCUGAGCAAGCACUACCUGACGCACAGCCAGGAGAGGAAACACGUCUGCAGGAUCUGCAGCAAGGCCUUCAAGCGGCAGGACCACCUGACUGGACACAUGCUCACGCACCAGAAGACCAAGCCUUUCGUGUGUAUUGAGCAGGGCUGCAGCAAGAGCUACUGCGACUACCGCUCUCUACGCCGGCACUACGAGGUGCAACAUGGCCUGUGCAUCCUGAAGGAAGCACCCCCGGAGGAGGAGGCCUGUGGGGACUCCCCCCAUGCCCACGAGCCAGCCCCCAGCAGCCUGCGUUCCCUGGGGCCUCCGGAAGCCAGGUCACCCAGCUCCCUCCUGCCCAGCCGGGACCUCCUGCGCUGUAUCGUGAGCAGCAUCGUCCACCAGAAGAUGCCUUCCCCCGGCCCGGCCCCGGCAGACAGCGAAGGCAGGAGCACAGCCUGUCCCUGCCCCACCUUGGCAGCAGCCCUGAGCACCGAGGGUUCGGAGGAGUCCCACGCCGCCCAGAAGGAGGCAGCCGCCGAGCUGUUGGCAGCCAUCCACUCCAGGGCAGCCGAGAGCACUGGCCCUGACCCUGCUGAGACAGAGCCCCCGCCGCCUCAGCUGCUGUCCACCCCAGAAGGCUGGCCCGAGGGUGGGGCCCUACCUGCCCGCCUGCCUCUCUUCCGGAGCCAAACGGUCCCAGCUGGCUCCCAGCCCUCAGGCCACAACUUCCAAUGGCUCCGCAACCUGCCUGGCUGCCCCAGGAACAAGGGCAACCAUGUGUCUGUGGUCCACAAGCCGCCUGCCCUGCCAGCCCACGGGGGCGGCGAGUCUGGCCAGGCUGGCCCCGGGCCUAAUGGUGCUUCCCCCUCGGCAGAACCCCUGGUCGGCCCAGGGAUUAGCUUCGAGGAUACACCGCCCUUCUCUUCUGCGCUCAUGAAGGCACCCGCCGAGGCCCCAGGUGACCCCCAGUAUGCAGGAGGUGAAGACGACUCCUGGACCUCCAAGAAGAGCAAGUUCGACUGUGACACCUGGGAACCCAGCCCCCAGGAUACCCAGAAACCCAGCGGGCUCCCAGCAGAUGCCACGCCACUCUUCCGGCAGCUGUUCCUCAAGUCACAGGAGUCCCUGGUGAGCCAUGAGCAAAUGCAGGUGCUGCAGAUGAUCACCAAGUCCCAGCGGAUCUUCUCCCACGCCCAGGUGGCAGCUGCCUCCUCUCAGCUGCCUGGGCCUGAGGGCAAGCAGGCCACCCUCAAGCCCUGGCCUCAGCAGCCUCCGCCACCAGCACCAUCCACUGACUCUGUCCACACUGGGCCCAGAAACCCUGAGCCGGAGGGAUCCCCAGCCCGCAGGAGGAAAGCCACCAUACCCACGGGCCCCAGGGAGGUCUCCCCAGGCAGCUCCAGGCGAGACACCAAGGGAGGGUCCAAAGUGGCUGCUGCAGCAGCGGCCCUCACAUCACCGGCCCUGGACCCGUGCGGGAAGCCAGACAUCUCUUCCCUGGCCAAGCAGCUGCGGUCGUCAAAAGGCGCCUUGGACCUGGGGGAGAUCUUUCCCUCCACAGGCCCCCGGCAGAGCCAAUUAGUGGGGGAUGAACCACCGGGAGCCCAGCUGCCUGGGAAACAGGCCCUGGCCGAGAACAGCACGGCUCAGGGGCCCGCCAAAGGCGAGAAGGGCCCGGCCUGCUCCCGGGGUGGAGGCUACCGGCUGUUCUCGGGGAACCCCAGGGCGCAGCGGUUCUCCGGCUUCCGCAAGGAAAAGGUGAAGAUGGACCUGUGCUGCACGGCGUCGCCCAGCCAGGUGGCCAUGGCGUCCUUCUCGUCGGCUGGGCCCCCGGCAGAGCCGCCCCGGGACGCCAAGUCCAAGCUGACCAUCCUCAACAGGAUCCAGGGUGGAAACACCUACAGGACACCCCAUCCCCCGAGAGACGAGAACGCGGCAGGUGCAUGCGGCCAGCAGAACGGGGCCGCUGCAGACUGGACCGAGCCCAGGAGCACGUUCAUCUGCAAGAACUGCAGCCAGAUGUUCUACACCGAGAAAGGGCUCAACAGCCACAUGUGUUUCCACAGCGACCAGUGGCCCUCGCCCCGGGGCAAGCAGGAGCAGCAGGUACCAGAGAGAGAAGAAGAGGAGAGGGACAGCAAGGAGGGCAGCCAGCACCGGAAGCGCAGGAAGCGGCCCCCGGCCAAGGUGCUGCCCAUCCCUCCCCUGCCCUCGGCCUCCCGGGAGCCAAGCCCCGGGGGCCCCCAGAGCUGCCUGCGCUCCCCGGUGUUCCUGGUGGACCGCCUGCUGAAGGGCCUGUUCCAGGGUUCACCCUACACGCCACCGCCCAUGCUCAGCCCCAUCCGGGAGGGCUCAGGGCUCUACUUCAACAAGCUCUGCUCUGUGACGGCACAGGCCGGGCCCAGCCUGUUCAUCAGCUCUGCGCUGGAUCAAGUGGACAGCUCUUUGGGCAUCUGUAUGGUGAAGGACGACUCCAAGAUCAGCAUUGAACCACACAUCAACAUAGGGAGCCGGUUUCAGGCUGAGAUCCCGGAGCUGCAGGACAGGUCACUGGCUGGAGUUGACGAGCACGUGGCCUCUCUGGUCUGGAAGCCCUGGGGAGACAUGACGACCAACCCAGAGACACAGGACAGAGUGACCGAGCUCUGCAACGUGGCCUGCUCCAGUGUGAUGCCAGGAGGCGGCACCAACCUGGAGCUGGCACUACACUGCCUGCAUGAGGCUCAGGGCAGCAUCCAGGUUGCUCUGGAGACCCUCCUGCUCAGAGGACCCCAGAAGCCAAGGACUCACCCUCUCGCCAACUACCGCUACACAGGGUCGGACGUCUGGAGCCCCAUCGAGAAGAGGCUCUUCAAGAAGGCCUUCUGUGCACACAAGAAGGACUUCUACCUGAUACACAAGACGAUCCAGACCAAGUCAGUGGCACAGUGCGUGGAGUAUUACUACAUCUGGAAAAAAAUGGUCAAGUUUGACUGCGGCCGAAUGCCAGGGCUAGAGAAGCGGGCCAGGAGAGAGCCGGAGGAAGUGGAGAGGCAAGAGGAGAAGGUCACCUGCAGCCCCCGAGAGAGACCCAGUCACCGCCCAACUCCUGAGUUCAAGAUCAAGACCAAGAGUUAUCGGAGGGAGUCCAUCCUCAACUCUAGCCCCAACGCCGGCCCCAAGCGGACGCCCGAGGCACCUGGAAGUGUGGAGGGCCAAGGCGUUUUCCCAUGCCGGGAGUGUGAGAGGGUGUUCGACAAGAUCAAGAGCCGGAAUGCCCACAUGAAGCGACAUCGCCUCCAGGACCACGUGGAGCCUGUGGUCAGGGUGAAGUGGCCAGCGAAGCCGUUCCAGCUGAAGGAGGAGGAGGAAGAGGAGGAGGAGCUGGGGGCCGCCAUCGGCCCCCUGCAGUGGUGA